UAAUAAAUAUUUAGAUUUGCGAUAAUUUAUACCGACACAAAAAUCUAUAAAAGAAGCUAUACAAAAUAGCUAUGGCCUAGUUUUGAAUUCACGAUCGCAUCAAUAAGUUGAAUAAGUGCAUUCGCUACAAAUACAUAGCCAUCGAUAAUAAUCAACAUGGCGCUUUCCGAAUGGCUCCUGAUUCUAUCCGGUGUUUUAACAAUCCUCUAUUUCUGGAUAUCCCAUCAUUUUUCGUAUUGGCGAAGAAAAAAUGUUCCCUACAUUGACCCCAGUUACAUUUUCGGCAACCUCAAGGAUAUGGUUCUUAUGAAGAGCUGUGCUGCCGAUCACAUGAUAACGCUAUACAGCCACAAGAAAGCACAAAAUGAACCCGUUGUAGGAUUUUAUAUCUUCAACAAACCAGCCUUACUUAUUCGUGAUUUGGAUCUAAUUAAAAGUGUUUUGAUCAAAGAUUUUAAUAAAUUCUCUGAUCGUUUUACAACUUGUGAUCCACAUAGCGAUGCUUUGGGAUCGUUUAAUUUGUUUUUCAUUAAAAAUCCCUACUGGAAGGAAAUGAGAAGUAAGCUGUCACCAGUGUUUACAAGUGGCAAAAUUAAACAAAUGUUUCCACUAGUUGAAGAGAUUGGUGUUGAAUUGGACAAAUACCUUUGCAACUUGGCCCUUGAUUCUAAUACCAAUGUUACCGAAGUCAAAGAUAUCUGCGGUCUCUAUACCACCGAUGUUAUAGCAUCAGUCGCAUUUGGAGUUCAGGCUAACAGUCUUAAAAAUCCAAAUGCUGAAUUCCGAAGAAAUGGUAAAGCUUUAUUCAAAUUUACACCCUGGAGGGCCUUUGAGUUUACAGUAAUUUUCUUCUUGCCGCAAUUUGUAAAAAUCUUCGGUUGUAAGAUGUUUUCUAAAGAAGCAGCUCAGUUCCUUCGAGGAACAAUUAACUACAUAAUGGCAGAAAGGACAAAAAGUGGACUUAUUCGAAAUGAUCUUAUCGAUACUUUGGUGGCAUUUAAAAAAGCCGCUGAAGCUGAUAAGGACAAACAACACAUUGCCCAGAAUACUGAUAUGUUAGUAGCACAAGCAGCUGUCUUCUUUACUGCUGGCUUUGAAACAACUUCUUCAUCAAUGUCAUUCGGUUUGUAUGAACUCUCCAAGAAGCCUGAAUUACAGAAACGUUUGCGUCAGGAAAUCAAAGAUGCUUUGGUAAAAUGUAAUGGAAAAAUCAACUACGAUAUGAUCCUUGAGAUGGAGUACUUGAAUAUGGUUCUGCAGGAGGUUUUAAGAUUAUAUCCACCACUUCCGUUCUUAGAUCGACAAUGUACAUUGGCUGAGGGCGAAAAGGAAUACUCCAUGAAGCCAUUAAGUGAUUUUGGUAUUCCAAAUGGAAUGCCAGUAUAUAUUCCGGUCUAUGCUAUUCAAAGAGAUCCAAAGUUUUUCCCAAAUCCCGAUGAAUUUGAUCCAGAAAGAUUUUCAGCAGCAAACAAAGCUAAUUUCCCACAGUUAGCGUACAUGCCUUUCGGAACUGGACCACAUAAUUGUAUUGGAGAACGAUUUGGCAUUUUGCAGGCAAAAUUGGGACUAAUAAAUUUCUUAAGAAAUCACUCAGUUACGACCUGUGAAAAGACUCACAAAAAAAUGAUACUCGAUCCAAAUGCUUUGAUUAUACAAUCGAAGGGUGGAAUUUAUUUAAAAAUUGUACGUGAUCCACUUUUAGCUUAGAAUUAAUAUAAAAUUAAAUAUUAAAGUAAGAGUUUUAUUUUUUGUUAUUAAAAAACAAAAAUGUCUUGCUGUUAAAAAGGGAUGCUCAACAUAAGAUACUUUUAAGGAAAAAAUAUUAAUUGACAAUAAAAAAAAUUACAACAUA